UUCAAUUGAUCAUGCAAUCCGGAAAGCCAUUGGUUACGAAGCUCCCAAUCUCAGCUACCGUAUACGAGCUAAAGGCUGAGCUUCAGAGCCUUCUCAAUAUUGAGCCGGAAACAUUGGAGAUUUCUGCAUCUGAUGUAACGUGUGCCGAUUCAGAUCUUUUAAUAGAAGUUGCUGGUCUAGGCAAAAACAAACAAAUUAAGCCGGUUGUGUCUUGCUAUGAAGGCAACAAUUUUGUGGGCUUGAUACUAUUUUCCCUUGGGGGCGAGCAUUUCGCCGAUCCAUUAGUCGAUAAUUCGGUGUCAGACUCAAGUAUCGAAGAUAGUGAAUCUUCCGUCAUUGAGCUAUCCUCGGGAUCUAGUGGCGGAUCCGUCCAGCCAUCCACUAUUGAUUGCAAGCGAGGUAUUAAACGAAAAGCCCAAGGACAUGAAAUAACCAUAGAGACUAAACGGAUCAAAUAUGUUCUCGAAUCCAGUGAGGAGAGUCUAGAAAACUACUCGUAUGGAGAUAUGCAGGAGGCAUGCGAUAUGGGAGGCUGCGGAAUAAAGUCCCGACCACGCCCGGUUAAACAUGAAAUCGAAAUGGAACCUGAUGUUAUAAAUGGUCAGCGGCCCCCGUACGUUAACAUUCUCCCAGAGAACAGGCCGUUUGUCGUGGUUAUAUCUUCCUCAGAAUGUGAAAAAACCUUUUGCGACCUGUUGGAAGAGUUCUUUGGAAUUUUUAAGGAUUUCAGAAAUGUUCGCUGUUUGGAUUUCAAUGAGGUGACUCCAGACACUGAGUACAAUGGGCGGCUGUACAUGGCAGCGGCCAAUGAGGAUACGAUGGACUGGGUGGCGGGCAACGUAUGCUCCAUGGAGACAUAUCAGGCCACCAGUCUCAUAGACUUUCGCAAAAUUAAUUCGUCAGUAAAAACGGCUGAUGGACAGCCACAAACAGUUAUUGGAUCCAUACAACUGAACGUAAAAUAUAGGGAGCAGAUGAAGGACAUUAAUUUCUUUAUAAUCCCUUCGAUUAAGCAUAGGGUAGUAUUAGGAACAGAUUUUUGGAAAGCUUUCAAAUUGGCCCCGGGUGUAAUUUCCUCGAUUGAAACUUCAAAUAGCAACGUGCCUAGAUUACCAGAGAAAGACGGUGAGGAAAAGUUUCCGCUGACAGCAGAAGAAGAAAAACGUUUAGGCGGAAUCAUUACUCUAUUUUCAGACUUUGAAAGGCAAGGCCUCGGAAGAACAAAGCUUCUGCAACAUCAUCUAGAGGUAGGCAAUGCCACCCCGAUUAAACAGCGAUUUUACCCAGUUUCACCGGCGGUGGAAAAAGUUAUGUUUCAGGAGAUCGAUAGAAUGUUAGAGCUAGGAGUUAUUGAGAAGUCAAAUAGUCCUUGGAGUUCGCCCAUGCGUUUGGUGAUUAACUCUGGAAAAGUUCGUUUAUGCUUAGAUGCACGACGUAUUAACGAGGUUACAAAGAGAGACGCAUAUUCACUGCCCAGCAUCAAUGGAAUUUUCGCAAGACUACCAAAAGCUAACAUCAUCUCCAAGAUAGAUUUGAAGGAUGCUUUUUGGCAAAUAGGUUUGAGUGAGGAAUCAAAAGCAAUCACAGCAUUUACAGUACCUGGUCGUCUAUUGUAUCAUUUUGUGGUUAUGCCAUUUGGUUUGUGUAAUGCCGCGUAAACAAUGUGUAGACUAAUGGAUGAAAUAAUACCCCCUGAAUUAAAAUAUUGUACUUUUGGAUACUUAGACGAUUUAUGUGUAGUAUCAGAAAGCUUUGAGGAACAUCUUAUUGUGUUAGCCAAGCUAGCUGAGCAAUUUCGAAUGGCGAAUGUAACUUUAAAUGUGGCAAAGAGCAAAUUUUGUGUCACAAAAGUUGCAUUUUUAGGAUAUAGUAGGCAAUGGAGGAAUUUCAACUGACACAUCAAAAACAGACGCGAUUCAGUCAUGGCCAAUUCCGAAAACAGUUAAACAAGUAAGAGCGUUUAUGGGAGUAGUCGUAUGGUAUA